AUGGUCACGACGUAUACCGUGAACUUCAUCCGAUUUGUUCUAUCGCGGAAGCAGUUCAACAGCUUUGGGGCUUUGCAGCUCGAUAAAGAUGUGCGGGCGUUGCGCUCGUUCUUUACCUCAAGGGCGCAUGAGGUCUCGCUACGCGACGUGUUCGCGCCUCUGAGUUUGACUUCCACCCUCCUCCUCUGCGAUUCUCCGCGAGACGCGCUCGAAGAGAUGCACAACCAGGCUUUGACGGCGGAGGAAAAGAAAAAUGUGCUACUAACUCGUGUCGAUUUUAAUAGACAGGAUGUUCUCUCAUUGCACCUUUAG